AUGAAGGGGCGCUGGAUAUCAUGUGGACUGUUUGACAACACUGUGUCGUCUGUGGGAUGUUUGCAGUGCGUGCUUCAAAGGUGGAAUUUCGCAGACACAGAGUGGGGAAACGUGUACCUGGCAUGCCUAGCAGACACACUGCACGUGCUGGACUCCGGUGUGCUGAUCCACAUGAUGGACUCCUACAUUGAACCCCUUGGAAAGGUUGAGAUGCGGCUGCUAGAAAGUUCAGGCGCAAACUACGCGGCGUUUGAGCACAGGAGCAUGAUGCAGAUAAUGCCGCUACUCGUGGCAGACGAGAGUGCAUUGAAGGAUGGACCGGAGGGAGAGCUGCGUGCUUUGCAGGUCAAGGCGUUCCGGUUGUAUGUUGUGUUCUACAAGGCGUUUCUGGGGGUCCACACGGCGGUGGCCAUUCCGCGCACAAGAGGCGGAGAGCUGGUGGCCAAAGGGACAUUUGUGAAGGCGUCGCCCCGAGAGAGGUGGUAUUCAGACGUUGCACUGCUCAAUGACAAGGGUGGGGACUGGUAUGCAAAUUGUCUGUGCAUUUUCAAGGAGGUUGACCGUGAAGGGGAUUGGAAGGGGUACACAUAUGUGAGGUACUAUGAGAAGGCUGGGAGCUGCAACCUCACGGGAUGUACGCAGCUGCACAAGACAGUGGAGGAUGUGAGGUUCUCGGUGGUGGAGCUGAAAAGCCCGCAGAGAGUGGUGCACGUGUGCCCUUCGUACAGCAACAAAAAGGCCCUGCUUGCUACCGCACAUCCGGAUGACGUGUUCUGCUUCCACGAGAUUAAUUUUCUUCCCAGCCGGCUGCCGAAGUCCUACAUUCCGGAUAAGCGCAAUGUGGUGGAGCGUAUCGUCAGCGUCGGCAUCCUCUACAACCCGACUCGGAGUUGUUCCGCAGUGCCUCUUGUGGUGCUAGAGCCAUCCAAUAGGCCCCUGCGCCGGCGGGCGAGCGCCGCAUCGCGCAAGGUGGCCGUUAGCCGUGAUCGCAACACCAUCAUCCUCACCAUUCACAAUGCGCAUCGCAUCACAGGCGAGGUGGCGCCGGCCGUCUCGGAGCACGGCUUCAGUGUGCAGCACCUCACGAACACCAGAGUCGUCAACAUUCGUGGAUCGAUUCCGGAGACGGGCCUGCCGCACCUGCAGGGAGUGGGUGACGCGCUGAAGGCGUAUUACCGCGUUAUGCUGAUGAGGCGUGCGAUAGGGUCCAAGCGGUUCCAGUUCGACUAUUCGGCUUCCAUCGCUGAUGUCGACUAUAACGACAUACUCGAGUGGCUGGGAGAAGCGUGGACUUGUGUUCGCGCGGCUACCAUGCAGCGGAGCUGGUGGCGCGCAGGAUGCGUGCCGGCGAGCUGGCCGCCCCUGAUGGCGUACCUGGGUGACACGUGCGCAACCGGCAUGUUCGAGCCUAUUAUUUCGGUAUGCGUCGAUUUGCAGUUGCUCAUCGAGAAGUUCAAGGUAAGGACUGCGUGCUACAUGACGGCCUCGAAUUUUAUCAACUGCAACGCGGGAAUAUGCGUGGAACAGGGGUUCAGAGCCACACCUGAUGCCAGCGCGUCCGAUGACUCGUCGGGCGACAUGAGCCUGCCAGACGGCCCAUUGCUGCGGGACGAGCGCAGCAGGAGGCGCGUGAUACGCAACGUCACAAACGCGUACGUGGAGCGUGCCGAUGAGCUCGGCAUCCCCCCGGCGGCUGUGCCAGCAGAGGUCGGAGCAUCGAACUAG